AUGUUCUCCUUUGAGUUCUUAGCCUCCUGGCUCCCUGGCUUCCCCAGCUUGGCCUGGGGUUCCACCCUGCUGGACUCUCUCUUGCAAGGGCUAAUAGGAGCCUGUGCCGUGUCUGUCCUCUGCAGCCUGGUGAAGAUUUAUCUCUACAUCCAGUGUCUGAAUGACCCGGACAGGCAGAAGGAGAAGGAGACCAUCCGCUCCCAGUGGUCCCUGCUGGAUCACGUCCACCUCUUUCUACUGACGUUGAUCUUCACGGUGGUUGGGUAUCGCGUGGCUGCUUUGGUGGUGCUGGAGUUUUCCCUCAGGGCUGUGUCUAUGCUGCUGUCCCUGAAUAAGGGGGCCCACAGCAGCCAGUUGUACCUGCUGUGCCAGUACUCCCUGGGGUGCGGCAUCUCCUGCAGCCUCAGCUACCUCCUGGAGGGGGCUCCCCACCGCAGCUGCAACCUGCUCCUCAGCCUGGGCCUGGCCGGCCUGAUCACCUGCUACGUCUGGAGGUUGGCCCGGCACGUCUGCACCAUGUACGAGCUCCACAGCAAGGAGCGCUACUGCGGGGUCUGCAUCUUCCUGCUCACCGCCUGGCACGGCAUCCCCACCCUGCUCUGCAAUGCCCUCAAGAUCACCUUCGUGGUGGCUGACCUGGCCGCUGUCGCGCUGAUCAACAGGGAUUUCCUCACCACCUCGGAGGCCAUCCGCUUCUGGACGCCGCUCACCAUCUGCUACACCCUGCUAGUCAUCUACAUGCAAGAGGAGCAGAGGCAUAACCCCAGCGAGCAGAUGGUCUAUCAGACGGUGUUUGUGAGGAUGGGAGGCUUGCUCAUCCUCCUCAUGACGGUGGGCCGGUGGAUGGACAUCAUGAACAUCUUCAUCUCGCUGGUGGGUGAGAUCUGGUGCCUGGUUCGGGCAGGAAUCAUGCUGGACAUCUGCCGGGCGCAGGAUUUUUCUCAAAGGUUCCCAGAAUCCGGUUCCAGGCAGCCCCAGCCUAGGCCUGAGGCCCAUGGCAGAAAAUCCAGCUCAGUGACCAGGUCCUCCAGUGGAGGGGCCGGAGCCGAGAGGUGA